GUUUAUAUUAAUUAGAUAUUUUUAUGCUUUACAGCUUAUGGAAAAGAAGGAGUGAAAUUAAAUUUUGUUGAUCGAAUCUUUGUCGGAGAGCUGACCAGCACCAUAAUGUGUGAAGAGUGUGAGCAUAUUUCUACAGUGAAGGAAGCCUUUAUUGACAUUUCUCUUCCCAUCAUUGAGGAAAGGAUUUCAAAGCCCACAAACCCUGCUAGACUGGGCAAAAGUGGGCGGGAACAAGACAGUCUGACCUCCCAUGAUGACUCAUUAGCUGCCCACUCCCAGGCCAAUCGAAACAGCAGGAGGCUCAGUGGACAGAAGCUACAGAGCCGCCAUUCGUCCACGUCUCAUGAUGACCGAGGCCCAGACACUGUUUCUAGCCGUCAAGAGGAGGAUCUCUGUGUGGCUGGCCGUGGCCUAUCCAGUUACAGGACUGAUACAAUGGGCAGCCAGUCAGACUGCAGUGAAAAAGAGUCAAACCUGCAGGACAGCAGUAACGAUGCAGACAGCGAGGCCUCUGAAAGUGAAUGGUCUCCCCGAAUCCCAUCAGUGUCCAGUCACAGCAGCACAUCAGAUAAAACCUCAAUCACCACAACUCUAUCCACAACAACACACAAUCCAAGUUUAAAAUCGAACCCAAGCUCCACUCCAUUACCCUCCAUUAGGCCCCAGCAGGGCGGCGCUGUGGAGCAGCUUGUCAGCGCUGUGUCCAAACUGGGCCUGGUUCACACAUCCACUGAUACUCUACCCAUCAGCCACAGCCAAGAGGAGCUGAGUGAGACCCGGGACAGAGACCGUCAACACCAUCAAGGGGCCUUUCAAGUCCUCUGUCACAGCUACACCCCCAGCUCAAAAGAGUGCUCUGUCCAGUCCUGCCUUCAUCAGUUUACCUCUAUUGAGCUGCUUAUGGGAAACAACAAGCUGCUCUGUGAAAACUGCACUGACAGGAGGCAGAGGCAGAUGAAGAGGAGCGAUAAGAAGGCAGAGAAGGUGUACACCAGUGCCCGUAAACAGAUGCUCAUAUCUGCACUUCCUCCAGUCGUCACUCUUCACCUCAAACGCUUUCACCAGGCUGGGAUGAAUCUGAGGAAAGUUAAUAGACAUGUGGACUUUCCUCUUUUGCUGGACCUGGCACCUUUUUGCUCCGCCACUUGUAAGAACCUCGGGUCAGGAGAGCGUGUGCUUUACAGUUUGUAUGGCAUUGUGGAGCACAGUGGAUCGAUGCGAGGUGGGCAUUAUGCAGCCUAUGUAAAGGUCCGAACACCUCAACGUAAACCUGAGCAGCGCCGGAACCAGUCAGGUUCCCGAGAGGCCUGUUCAGCUCCACAAGGUCAGUGGGUAUAUGUCAGCGACACCACUGUACAGACUGUCCCUGAGUCCAGAGUGCUGAACUCUCAAGCUUAUUUACUUUUCUAUGAAGAACUGCUAUAGAGCUGGACGGACACAUUAACCUAAGACGAUCCAGAUGAAGACAACAGGCAAUAUCAGCUCAGACAACAGCUAGCACUUACUGCAUGCCGAUUUCCCUGUAUUUUAAUGUAGGACUCCAUAUACUAAAAGAUUGGUCUGAAUGCAAAUCGGGAGCCAUUAUUAUUGAUGUAAAAUAAUCUGCUGAAUUUAAGUUAAUAAUGUUUUACAGCUAAUAUUUGAGUUUAAAGUUUUUUUUUGUGCUUAUUUUGCAGGAAAAUUGCCAAAGAUUAAUUUAGGAUGAACUAUGUACAGAAUAUAUCAUAAGAGAUGGACAAUUGUCCAAAAGUGUCUAUAAUACCCUCUGUUGUGAAGGGGAAACUCAACACAAUAUGCAGCUGUUGCUUUCGGAGCUGUCAUAUUCUGAACUGGAACUCACACGUUAUGAUUUGCUUUAGGACCUUGUUACAUUCACAGGCUUGACUUAUAGCAAUAUCUGUAUUUUGUUCAUUUUCUUAACUAUUUUUGUUCAUUUAAAAGGAUGGUUCACCAAAAUAGUUAUUUAAUCACCACUCCACUUGUUCCAAACUGAUAUAAGUUUAUUUCUUCUGUUGAACAAAGAAAAUAUUUUAUAUAAUGAUGGAAACCAGUAGCCAAAGACUUUCACUGCAGUAUUUCCUCUAGAUGUCAUUGACUUCCCCUUUCCAACAUUUCUCAAAACAUCAUCUUUUGUGUUCAAAAGAAAAAAAGAAACUCAAAGGUUUGAAACCACUUUAGGAAGAGUAAAUUUGAGUGAACAGUUCUUCGAUUUGCUAGAUUAAUACUCAAUUUUCAUGAUAUAUCUUUUGUUUUUCGCUUACAUUUUUCAAUAUACUUUGGCUUAUUUUGAUCUAAAUGGCGGAUUGGUUCCUCCUUAAAGGUUUUAUGAAUUUGUAACUUAAAUAUAUUAAUAUCUAACAGUUAAGGAGUUAAAAUUGCUGAACUUUGCCUCAUGCCUAAUUUUUUUUUUUUUGCAGAACUGAAUAUGACUACAAAAAAGUUGUAUUAAUAUUAUUAUUAUUAUUAUUAUUAUUAUUAUUAUUUUCUGCUUAUGACAAAUACCAGAGAUCCUGUGCCUACGGUUUAUGAGGGCUGAGAUUGUUUGAGCAUGCCUUUAAUGAAGUAUUACAUUCAUGCCGGAGUAUAACGAUGUGUAUAUACUGAUCAUAAAUAUACAUGAUUGUAUGUAAAAUAUGUAUCAUGUUCAAUACUAUUUAUUCUGUUUACCAGGCAAAUAUUGUAACACCAUAGAUUUGUGUGGUGUGUAAGGCUUCAGGGUUCCUCAAGCUGUUCUUUUGCUUGAAUUUUGUGAAUAUAAUCUCAUUUAAAAGGACAAUUUAAAUACAAUUAAUUGAUGAAAA